UCAAUCUUGGUGAUCUGAACUUUUAAACACUGGGCCACCCUGCCCCAAACCCUGCCCUGCCCACCCUUCCCCAAUAGAUCGGGAAUUCAAUAUUAAACACCAUAGCAGGCAACUACGAUGACUCGGAAGUGGGUGGGCUGGUGCGCCGCGAGCUGCGCGAUUCUCUUCGUCAUCUACUCGAUGUCGGCGUCCAACGAUGGAUCCGUCAGAGUCCCAAAAAUUGAGAGCAAGAGGCUUAAUCUUGGUAUCAAAUACCAAGAUAAUUUGAGUACAAGACCUUACUCGACGUGGCCAGGCAGUGGUCACGAAGAAGAGCUUCAUAAUGCAGAUCAAAUGCCCAGAAAUUCAACAUUGUACCAGCAGGCAGACGAAAAGGUAGAAGGAGAGCAAGUGACGAACAGCACAAAAAUCAUGUCUUCUGUUGCAAAAAUGAUCAGCAUAAUCCACAAUAACGUCAACGAAAUAAACUCAGUAACAAAACCUAGUUCCAUCAAUCAGUCAACAACAAUCGAACGGAAUGAAACGUACGGAGCACUUCAACAGCCUCCAAAAAUGUCCGCUCUUAAUGCGACGCAAAGUGUGGCUAUGCGGCCUGAAGACAAUUCGACAAGCGCCCUCAACACUCAGAUCGGAGGAGCGGUCACUUGGCUGCAGCUGGUCCAGGCAGACAUGCAGGCUCGGCCUCCCGACCUCGUCAGAGAAAAAGUCCGCGUUAGCCCUGGCCCAUCCUCUCCUUCGAAGGAAACAAGAGACCAACUCAAACAUAUCCUGUUUUGGAAUCAUCCCACUUUCUACUUCGGCGUGGGACGAGAACCUUUCCUGCGUGCGGGCUGCCCCGUGAACCGCUGCUACGUCACCACAGACCGCACGGAGGUUCCCUACCAGGAGGUGGAUGCCCUCGUCUGGAUUCCGCUUAGCCCAGAUAAAAGCUUUCCUCCUGUAAGAUCCCCUCACACUCGAUACGUCUACUUCCUGUGGGAGCCUCCGUGCGUCGAAAGGGAAGAUAUAGAAAGAAUCAAUGGCGUCUUCAACUACACCAUGACUUUUCGGAGGGACUCGGACAUCUAUAAUCCGUACGGAACGUUUGGCGCUCUCGCAUCACCCCGUACGCACCUGCGCACUAAAGACUACGCGCGGGGCAAGACUAAUCUGGCGGCGUGGUUUGUGUCCAACUGUGAGGCCAGGAGCGGCAGAGACAUCUUAGAGAAAGAACUUGAGCGAUAUAUUCCUGUGGAUGUCUAUGGCAAUUGUGGAACGAUGAAUUGCCCUCGGUCCAGCUAUGAAAAAUGCUACGAGCGAGCUGCCGCUACCUACAAAUUCUAUUUCAGUUUUGAGAACUCGCUGUGCGAUGACUACAUUACUGAAAAGUUCUUUUUGACCGCAAGGUACGACAUCCUUCUGGUGGUGUUUGGUCUGGGAGCGUACGAGGAGGUCGCUCCUCCGCACUCCUUCAUCAAUGCGCUCGACUUCCCCAGCAUCCGCCACCUGGCCGACUACCUCAUCUACCUUGACAGAAACGACACCGCUUAUAACGAGUACUUUAGGUGGAAGGUUGAUUUUGAAGCUGCGGACAGUCAAAGAAACUUCUACCCUCAUCACAAAAACAUUUCUUGGUGUCAACUCUGCGAGAAACUUCACACAGAUCUGGAUGUUAGAAUACACACAGAUCUCAACGAGUGGAUUAAAACUUCUCCCAGCUGCUUAUCAUCCAACGAAGGAGCAGUAAAAAGGUUUCUGCUCGGAGAGACAGCAUCGACGCAUUGAUGAACAUCACUCGCAUCAGUGACGUCAUUAUGCCAUUUUAGGGGGGCUUCAGCAAUCUUAAAA